AUGGUCGAUGCUGGCUUCACAGGGCUAAGAUUUACAUGGUGCAACACAAGGGGAAAACCGCACAGAAUAUGGAAGAGAUUGGAUAGGGUGUUCUUUAAUAAUCAGUGGACAGAUAUGUUUUCUAGGAGUGACAUUGAACAUUUGGCCAGUACCGGGUCAGAUCAUACUCCAAUGUUGGUGAAAUGCUCCAAUUCCAAUUUCCAUGGCAUCAAAUAUUUUAAGUUCCUCCAAUUCUGGACUGAGCAACCUGAAUUCAAGAAUGUGUCCAAAGAGCAUAUUGGGAAUGUUUUUGAUUUGGUCAAAGAAUGGGAGAUCAAAAUGCAUAAUCUGGAAACAAAGUAUAUUAAUGAUGACCUUGAUGAUCACAGAGAACAGGCACACAAGGCACAAGCAGAGUAUACUAAAUGGCUUAAAUUUGAUGAAUCCAUCCUCAAACAAAAAGCUAAUAUCAGGUGGCUAGAAGAAGGAGAUGCUAAUACCAAAUAUUUUCAUGCCAUUAUCAAUGAGAAGAGAAGAAGACUCAACAUUCAAAGGAUCAUUAACAGUGAAGGCCAAUGGAUCAAUGGAGAUGAGCAGAUCUUUGAGGAGGCAGUUAACCAUUUUAAUCUCCUAUUUCAUGAAGAUAACGAUCCUGAUCUACAAUACAUUGAUUGUCUGGAUCAAGUUAUUACUCAACAUGAUAAUGAUAUCUUGUGUGCAAUGCCACAAGAAAGUGAGAUUCGAGAUGCUGGUUUUGCCUUAAGUCCUAGUAGUGCACUCGAGAUGCUAGUUUUGCCUUAA